GCAGUGCUAAAAAACGUUUGGCACAGUUGACGGCACUAUUCUUACCUUGUUAUCGUGCUAUAUUUUUUUAUUUGCAGAUUAGCCGUUGAUAAGAAAAUAUAGUCAAUUCCGGACAGGCUUCGAUGAGGGCCUUUCGAUCGAGUAGCCAAGAGAUAUUUUGCUGACUUUCCCGUGUGCUUCUAUGAAGUAUUAAGUUCUGGUUAUUUAGCAGUUCAUUUUUAUGCAGAAGGUGCAACAAGUGGAAUUCUCGAGUUAAAGCCGGAAUAAACAAUAAUAUUGAGCCAAUCUGGAGGACUUCGAAUUGGAAGAUCUGGAGGGCGCAAUGGAUUUCUGGGGCAUUUUCAUGUUUUUCCUGCUCACUUUCCUCAUUAUGAGUUGCUGCGGAUAUUGCUGUACCAGCAGACGCCAGGGUGCCGUCUUGUCCACGCCCGUAGUAGUGACCUCCGCCACGCACACAGCUCCCGGCGGAUAUCCGGUCACACAGUUGCCUCCGCCGGGGUAUCCUGCGAGCAAUGCCUACGUGGCUCCCGUGGCAUAUCCCGCCCAGCCCACCGGCAAUGUGACCGUACAGAUGCCCAUGCCGAUGCCCCAGCAUAUCCCUCAGCAAAUGCCGAUGCCCGGCAUGCAAACUCAUGGCGUGGCCUAUCCUCAGUAUCCUGGCGCCGGGGCUGCCAGCAUGAAUCCUCCGCCGUACGACAUGGCCAUGGCAAAUCCGGGACCCAGUGUCAUGCCCUCCGGCUACGAGAAGCAGGCCCCUUACAAUCCCAACUUUGGCCAAUGAUUGCUAGCUGCGAACUGAAAAUGAAACUUAUUUGGAGGAGACCCUUCCCCGCCUCGACAUAGCUUUUAAACACAGCUGUACACAUUCGUUUUGAUUCCUCUUUAUAUGUAUUACCCAAUGAACUCCAAAAUAGUCAGCGAUAUAUUUCUAAGUGGCCAGGGGGAAGAAACCAAAGGAAAAACGAUCGCACAACGAGCCAUUUUUGUAUUGCUUGUGAUGUAUGUAUGUAAAAUGAACAUAUAACUUAAGUGCAACCUAAUCUUAAUUAAUACACCUACUUUAAGGAACCCCAAAAACAAAAAACGGAACUAAAUGAAGUAUUAAUUGUAAUAAACUAGCAAAGUGCAGGUCAAA